AUGACUGACAACACCAACCCCGGAAACUUCGCCAAUCGCCCCAAGGAGGAGGUGCAGAAUAUCGCUUCUAAGGGUGGCCAAUCCUCCCACUCCGGCGGCUUCGCGUCCAUGGACCCCGACAAGCAGCGCGACAUUGCAUCCAAGGGUGGCCAAGCCUCAUCCGGAUCAUUCGAGCCCGGUAGUGAGAAGGCUGCCGAGGCCGGUCGUAAGGGCGGAUCCAAGUAA